AUGAGGGUGCGCGUGUGGGUCUCAUUUCUGGCGUGUGUCCUGAGGAGUGCCUCAUCUACGCCAUGUCUGCCAGAGGAGUUUGCUUGUGUGAGAGGCGGUUGUGUAUCUGGGGAGCAUCUAUGUGAUUUCAGAGAGAACUGUGAAGAUGGCAGUGAUGAGACAAACUGCUCCCAGUUUGUGAGGUGUGACUUUCAGAAUGGGUUCUGUGGUUUUCAAGUUCAAAAUGAACAUCAUGUUUGGACUAGAGGCUCAGGUUUGCUUUUGCCAAGUCCAGAACUAGACCACAAAAAUGUAACGGGUUAUUAUCUUUAUAUACGGUCUGAAAAUGGAGAAGGAGUCACUGCUGAAAUAUACAGUCCUCUCUUCCAGCCUUCAGUAGCCUGCAGGCUGACAUUCUACCAUCAUAUUGGGCAGCUGAUAGGGGAUUUGCAGGUUCUGAUACAGUCAACAUCUUUGGUAGAGCCACAGGAAAUUUGGUUUCAGUCCACACCAAAUUCUGAUCGUCAGACCUGUACAUGGAUGCGAUCAGUAGUGGUGUUAAGCAGCAGAGAGAAGUUUAAGGUGGUGAUCAGAGGAAUGAUAUUCAACAGCAGUGAUCCAUAUGAAGUUAUUGCGAUUGAUGACCUGUCUUUCAGCCAAGGCUGCGUGCCAGAUUUAGAGAAUGAAAUUAAGGCACCUCCUCCAACUCAGUGCCACUCUUCUCAGUUUCACUGUGAUGCCAAUGAAUGUGUGGAUGGGGUGAAAGUGUGUGACUUUUCUCCAGACUGCCCCAGUGGAGAGGAUGAGGCCAACUGUUCGGCACAGUGUGAUUUUGAGUCUGACUCAUGUGGCUGGCACGAGCUUGCCCAGGGAGAUGGAUUUGAAUGGGUAAGAGGCUCAGCUAAUGGAGUCUCUAUAGAUUAUCUGGACCAAACACCUCCCCAGGACCAUACUACUAGUACAAGUGAAGGUCACUUCAUGCUUAUUUUUAAGAACAGCAGUAGUUUUUCCCAGCAAGCUGUGCUGCGGAGUCCUACAUUCCAGCAUUCAGGUUCAGACUGCAUCAUGACCUUCUGGCACUAUAAUUCUGGCCAGUCUGUUGGUGCAGCUGAAAUGUACUUAUCAGUUGAUGGCUUAGACAACGUUACUAUACUUUGGCGAACACUCUAUGACCAAGGCAACCAAUGGCAUCCAGUUAUUGUGCAAAUUGGUAGGCAGACCAGGCCUUUCCAGCUGUCAAUCGCAAAACUGAGUCUGGGCGUGUAUGAAGGAGUCUCCGCCCUAGAUGACAUUAUGUUCCACAACUGCUCAUUGCCAGAGGCUGUGGAGAUGUGCCCCACUCCUUUUCACUUUCACUGUAGCCGGAGCAAAGCAUGUGUAAACUAUUUCCAGAUCUGUGACCUGAUUGAUGACUGUGGAGAUGGAACAGAUGAGGAAAACUGCUUUUCAGAUUUAAUGUGUGACUUUGAGGAAGGCCUGUGUAGCUGGACCCAAGAUCAUGUGGAGGACAUUUUUGAUUGGACGCGAAUCCAAGGACCCACUCCAACUUUCAACACAGGCCCGUUGAAGGACCACACACGAGCCAAUGUGGAUGGCCACUUCCUCUACAUUGAAUCUUCAGUCCCACAAAAGUUCAAAGACACUGCUGUUCUUAUUAGUCGACCUUUUCUCCCAACUCAUUGCAGAGGUCCUGAACCGAAGCCACCUUGCGUUUUUAGAUUCCACUAUCACAUGUUUGGCCAGCAUGUUUUCCGAUUAGCUGUGUACAUGCGCACCCGUAAUAGUGGUAGGGGCAACUUGUUGUGGGUUCGCUAUGGUGACCAAGGCCACUUCUGGCACCGGAAGAUUUUGCAGAUCCACAGUGCUCACCACUUUCAGAUUCUAGUGGAGGGGGCCGUUGGUGACGACUUCAAGGGAGAUAUUGCUAUAGAUGAUCUGUCUUUCUUUGGAUGUCAACCAUAUGAAGGUGAAUUGCCCUCAACGGAGCCCAGCACUUCUGCCCCUAUGCUCACCUUGUCAACAGCACCCCCUCAUAGCUGCCACCCUGGCCAGUUUGUGUGCACCACUACAAGAGAGUGCGUAAGCCUCAGCCAAGUGUGUGACUUCACAGCUGACUGCUCUGAUAGCUCUGAUGAAGAGCAUUGUGUGAAGGAGUAUUGUGAUUUUGAAGGUGACACUCUGUGUGGCUGGUAUUUGAGUGAUCCUGCCACUCCUGUUCCUCUCCAUGCCUUUCGUUGGCAGACAGGACAAGGGAAGAGUAUUCACCUUGGUGAACAGAACCACAGACCUGCUAAUGACUAUACACUUGGUUCACCAGAGGGUUGGUAUAUAUUUGCAGACAGCUCUGAUGGAGGAUAUGGUCACCCCACCGAUCUCUCCACUCCCCUCAUCAAAAUUACAGGGCCCCAGUGCACUUUGGUAUUCUGGUAUCACAUGAGCGGCUUCACUGUUGGAACACUACAGGUCUUCAUCAGAUCAGGUACUGUCAUACAUGAAGUUUGGUCCCAAAGUGGUAACCAAGGCAACAACUGGAGGCGGGGUGAAGUCUUCAUUGGAUUUCGUCACAACAUCCAGGUGGUUCUCCGUGCCAAGCGGGGCAUCAGCUACAUGGGAGAUGUUGUAGUUGAUGACGUGACAUUUGUGGACUGUGGCCCCCCAUUAACAACUAAUCUUCCUUGUCAUAACAACGAGUUCAUCUGUGCCAAUGGUCACUGUAUCUCUGAGGACAACAUGUGUGAUUUUAUUGAUCACUGUGGAGAUGGCUCAGAUGAGAAUCAUUACAUAUGCAAAGGAUUCAGUGGUCGCUGCAAUUUCGAAUUUGACCUUUGCUCCUGGAGACAGAGGCAAGAUGAUGACUUUGAUUGGUUAAUAAAAGCUGGAAACAUGCUCACUCCCGGGACUGGACCAUCCACUGAUCACACCCUCCGUAAUCCAUCAGGCCACUACUUAUAUCUAAAAGGAUCUUUCCCACAGACAACUGGAGAUACUGCCCAAAUCAUGGGACCUCUUUUCAGUCAUGGUAGCAAAGAUUGCAAGAUGGUGUUUUACCUCCACAUGUCUGGUGAUGGCAUUGGCACUCUGAACGUCUAUAUGAUUACAAACUCCAACCACUCACUCUUUCUUAACCUCACUGGUAAUCAAGGCAACUACUGGAGCAGACAGGAACUGCACCUCUCCUCUUCUGAAAACUUCCGCAUUAUGUUUGAAGGCAAGGUGGGCAUCAAUACUCGAGUUCACAUCUGCCUUGAUGACAUCACCUUCUCAGCAGGCUGUAUUCUUAGCAGGAACUUUGAGACAGACUUCAAUCUUAUCACAGGCUCAUGUCCACCAGGUUCUCUACGCUGUAACAAUGGCAACUGCUACAAACCAGAGCAGACAUGUGACUUUACUGACAACUGUGGAGAUGGAACUGAUGAAGUGGAUUGUGGCACCUCCUGCACAUUUGAACAUGGCUGUUGUGGUUGGAAAAGCAGCCCGGCGGACACCUUUAGUUGGGCCCUUGGAGUUGGCUCUGCUCAUAUGAUCAGACCUCCUCACGACCACACACUUGAGAAUGAAAGCGGCCACUUUGUAUAUAUGGCAGCCACUCCUAUUGGUUUGAAAGGCGAUAAAGCUCACAUGAGAAGUUCUUUGUGGAAGGAAUCUAGUGCCACAUGUAAACUUGCUUUCUGGUACUAUAUUUCAGAAAAAGCCACAGGAGUCAUCCGACUCUUCCUAAAGACAGAAAAUGAGCUGAGGGAGCUGUGGUCAGAGCAGAAAAUGCACGGGGAAUGGAGAAAAGCAGAGGUACCUCUGAGGAAAUUCAGGAACUUUUUUCUGAUAUUUGAAGUGGUUCGAACACGAGAUGUGAGUGGUGGAGCUGCUCUUGAUGACCUGGAAUUCAUUGACUGUGCACCACGAGCAGUGCAUCCUGGGUCAUGCCCCGCUGUCACAGAUUUUGUCUGUAAUAAUGGAGACUGUAUUGAGUACCAUUUGGAGUGUGAUGGUAAAACUGAUUGUGCGGAUGAGUCUGAUGAAUUGGACUGCAUGUGUGUUCCAGGAGCUUGUAAUUUUGAUAAGCCUGACGGUCUUUGGGAGGAGACCUGUCAGCUGUCUCAGGAUCCUCACGAUGACUUUGACUGGGACAUAGGCUACGGCAGAAUGUGUAAUGGGACUGGACCAUCAACUGACCACAGCCCCAAUGAAGCAGGGGGGUACCUGUAUGUGAACUCCAGUGCCCAGAGAGAAGGGGACAUUGCCAGAUUAAUAACCCAGCAGGAGUUUCCUGCUAGUAUUGGUGUAUGUCAUCUGCGCUUCUGGUUCCACAUGUAUGGCUCAUAUCAAAUGGGUGCACUGAAGGUGUAUACAGUGGGGCGCAGUGGAAUACCCCUGUUAGUAUGGGCAACCUGUGGAAACCAUGGAGACAGCUGGCAUUAUGCUAAUGUGAUCUUAUCAAAUGUAUCACCCUUCCGAGUGAGCAUUCAAGCAGAAGUAGGAGCAGACCAGUGGACAGACAUUGCUGUGGAUGACGUCUCAUUCACUAGAGAAUGUCUUGUAGGAGCUCCAGUGACCCCCAUCCCACAAACAUGCCACAUGGAGCACUUCCAGUGUUUGUAUCAGUUUGAGUGUAUACCACUGAGUUGGCGUUGUGAUGGUGAGGUGGACUGCCUUGACCACUCAGAUGAGGAGAUGUGUACCAGUGUGAUUCCUGGAACUUUACCGCCUCAAACAGGGUGUGAGACAGGAGAAUACAGCUGCAUGAACAGCAUCUGUAUUCCAGCACUGCUGCGCUGUGAUUCAGUUCUUGAUUGCCCCAGUGGGGAAGAUGAAUAUGGAUGCCCUAUUAAGCAAUGCAAUAAUGGGGAAUUAGUGUGUGAGGCGACUGCGGACUGUAUAGCGUAUCAGAGUCGAUGUGACUACAUUGUCGACUGCUCUCCUUUUAAUUCUGAUGAAUCCAGCUGCCAUGAGUGUCCCUUUGGAUACUGUCUCAAUGAAGGAAAAUGCGUAGUAAAGGAAAAUGGGCCAGUAUGCAGUUGUCCAUCACUUUGGACUGGAAAUCGUUGCCAUAUCAGAGAAAAGCCACUGACUCCCACAACACCUGUGAUACCAGAUAGUAAACUUUAUACAGCUUUCAGCAUUGGUUUAAGUGUUGCAAUGAUCCUGUUGGUCAUUGCAACUGGAGUCAUUUUGUUCUUUUUAUUACAAAGAAGAUAUUUAAUUAGAGACUCCGGUCUUAUUGAGAAUGAAGAGUUGGACAGCUCUGCUUUUGACCUGCAGAAAGAGCUGCCCUCUCUUGCUGUUAGGCCCAGACGGCCUGUACACCCUCAGACAAUCAUCAGCGUCUACCCAUGGAGAGAGGAACCAAAGGUCUCCUUCUUAGAGGAAGACAAGCUCUCUUUCUCCAACCCACACUACAAGUGUUCAAGGAGUUCUGAAGCCUGAACAAAACAUAGAUGCACAAACAUACACACUCAGCUUCAUGUCCACUUUAUUUGAGCCUCCUCAACAACAUGGCUGUACUUGUUUAGAGGCAAAUUAUUAAUUUCUGUAAAACUCAUGGGAGUUUUAGGGUUUACAGCGUUAUGUUGUCAUGGCAACAAAGUUGUAAAAUUGUAUAUAAUUUUACACAGAAACAGUUAGUAACUGAUUUUAUCACACACAAAUAAUGUUAACACACAUAUUGUUUCUGUCUAUUCUUUUAAAAUAGUGAGUAUUUUAACAUUUACAGAUUGGCCCCAAUCACUUCCAUUGUAAGUUCCUUACUGUAACCCAGAUUUGUGCUUUUUUUAAAGAAAGGAGGGACAAGUUUACUUAAUAUUUAGGUGUAAUCAGCAUUAUUCCACAAAUGCUGUUGAUUGAACUUAACUUGUAUUGAAUCCAGAAUAUUCCUUUAACAGGAGAGGAUUUGCUGAUACAUGCCUAUAUGAAGUUUAA